CACAACUGCACGACCGUACCAUUUUAGCGUAGCACUUACUAGCACUUACAAGUUACUAGCACUAAUUAACACCGUCCACAAUUUUAGUCCUGUACCCCUCCAAAAUAAUUAUACAAAACACUAAACACUUGCUCUCCCACAUGUGCAGUACUCGCCUCUCUUUUUUUUGAGAAACCCUCUUGUCUGCCAACAGACUUCUUCUUCGCGCAUAUACCAUUAGAAUUAGACAGACUUUUAUCCUGCAGCCUUCGUUGACUUGGAUAGUCUAUCAUCCGUUCUUUUUCUCACGUCAACGCUUUGUUUCUGUCUUUUCAAAAACAAACAACAACUCUCGGCAACUUUCCCCGCCUUAACCCAAAAACUUAUCCUAAAAGGAUUUCCAGAGACAAGAUGUGUGCGGACAUCAACGUCGACGUCCUCGUCAUCGGUGCUGGCCCGACGGGUCUUGGUGCUGCGAAGCGCCUACAGCAAUUGAACGGUCCCUCUUGGUUGAUCAUUGACUCCAACGAGAAGGCAGGUGGUCUUGCCUCGACCGACGUCACACCUGAGGGUUUCCUCUACGAUGUUGGCGGUCACGUCAUCUUCUCCCACUACAAGUACUUCGACGACUGCAUCAAUGAAGCACUUCCCAAGGACGAUGACUGGUACACCCACCAGCGUGUCUCCUAUGUCCGUUACAAGGGCGUUUGGGUUCCUUACCCCUUCCAGAACAACAUCGCUGUCUUGCCCAAGGAGGACCAAGUCGUUGCUCUUUCGGGUUUGAUCGAUGCUGCCUUGGAGGCUCGUGUCGCUUCCACAAAGCCCAAGGACUUCGACGAGUGGAUCCUACGCACAAACGGUGCUGGUGUUGCUGACCAGUUCAUGCGACCCUACAACUACAAAGUCUGGGCUGUCCCCACUACCAAGAUGCAAUGCCAAUGGCUCGGAGAGCGUGUGGCUGCCCCUGAUGUCAAGAAGAGUGCCGAGAACAUUAUUUUGAACAAGGUUGCUGGCAACUGGGGUCCCAAUGCGACAUUCCGCUUCCCUGCCCGCGACGGCACUGGUGGCAUCUGGAUUGCUGUUGCGAACACACUUCCUGACGAGAAGAAGCGAUUCGGCAAGAAGGGAGAAGUGACCAAGGUCGACGCCACCAAGAAGGUUGUCAGCCUCUCCGAUGGCACCACCAUUGGCUAUGAGAAGCUCAUUUCCACCAUGAAUGUUGACCAACUGGUCGAGUCUAUGGGCAACCAAGAGCUCGUUACCCUAAGCAAGGGCCUAUUCUACUCUUCCACCCAUGUCAUUGGUGUUGGUCUGCGAGGUGCACGACCUGAACGUAUUGGUGACAAGUGCUGGCUGUACUUCCCCGAAGACAACUGCCCCUUUUACCGUGCCACCAUUUUCUCCAACUACUCGCCCUUCAACCAGCCUCAGGCUGAUGCCAAGCUCCCCACAAUCUCCAUUGCAGACGGCAGCAAGCCGGCCAGCACGGAGGCCAAGGAGGGACCCUACUGGUCCAUCAUGCUCGAGGUGUCACAAUCGUCUCUGAAGCCCGUUGACGAGGCCAACUUGCUCAAGGACUGUAUCCAAGGUCUUGUCAACACUGAGAUGAUCAAGCCCGAUGAUGAGAUUGUCUCUACCUACCACCGCAAGUUUGACCACGGUUACCCCACACCUACCCUUGAGCGCGAGGGAGUUCUGAAGCAGCUUCUCCCCAAGCUUCAGGACUUGGACAUCUACUCCCGUGGCCGUUUCGGCAGCUGGAGAUACGAGGUUGGCAACCAGGACCACUCAUUUAUGCUUGGUGUUGAGGCCGCAGACCACAUUGUCAACGGCGCAAUCGAGCUCACACUCAACUACCCUGACUUUGUCAACGGCCGCCAGAACUCUGAGCGUCGUCUUGAUCAGGGCCCCUUGGCAGCCAAGAAGACUGGUCUGCCCUCGCAUCCUCGAAAGUAAUUUCCUGGCUAGCUAAGUCGCUGAGGUGCGAAGGUGUCUUUGAAUGUCUUCGUACAGUGUACCAUUUGAUUGGCUUUGUGACCCAUUGGUCAUGAUAAGACCUGGAAGGGUUUUCUGUCGAUUGAGAGUUAUACGCUAUAUAAUUCUUCACGUUUGAUGAGUGCAAUGGUGAUGGAAUGUUUAGCUGGCUCCGACUUGGUUCUUACAACGAGAUAGCAUGAAAGGCCGAUAUCUCUGCGCUACUAGAGGGCAUUAAUGAAUAGAAACAUAGAAUUAUGAACUAGAUGAUAUUCCCAUCAUGCAUGAUUUAAAUAGUGUAGAAGCCAACCAAUCAGUGGGUAAGGGAGAGGCUACGUAGAUGGUUGAAAAGGGGAAGUCGAGUAGUAUGAUAACCCUAGGAGCCCUAGUGGUUCUCCAAGUCCUAUCUGCCUGUCUGUAUGGCUGGUGCAAGUCUUGUCUACUAUGAAAUAUGUAGAUCAAUGGGUAAAUUUUAUGUAACUGUUUCCCAAAGGAGUGAAUUGAAGCCAAGUGCGUAAGUAGGGAAAAGAUUGAUGGCAUGUAUUGGGUAAUUAAUCUUGUGAUAACAUUGAAUGCAUCACUAUAUGUACUAUUCAUUAUGUAGGUAUGUGUGUAUGUAGUAGAGUGACAUCUGUCAACGGUGCAUGUCAACUGGUAAAAGAAAAAA